AUGUCGGAACAACAAGAUCAAACAUUUAAUCCAACUUCGGAACAAGCAAUGAUGGAUUUCGAUGCUACAAAUCAGGAUUUAUUAAUGAUGCAAUUAAAUGAUUUAACAUUUGAACAAAUUGAACCAUUAUUUAAUUUUCUUCCAAAGAUGAUGAGUGUUGUACAAGAAUUACCUAAAAGUGAAAAUGGAGAAAGUGUAACACUUCUUGUCAAGGAUUUAUAUGAUUCUUUAAAGAAUGCAGAGGAUUUUCUCAAUUCAUUAGGAGGAGCUGAUAAAACACAAGAACAACAAGCCAAAAUUUAUGCUGAAAAUUUAAUUAAAAUUAAAGAAAAGUCUGAAUUGAUAGAACAAUACAAAACUCUUGAAGUUUUUGAUAAUCUUUACAAAUUGGAAGAGCCAUCAUCAUUUGACAUGAGUACUCCUUCCAAUGACACUAGCAAUCAAUAAUUUGUAGACUUUCGUUUAAAACAUUGUAAUAAUAACCAGAUAAUGUAAUCCAAACCAGUUUACCAUCAUCCAUAACAUUCAAUUCACAAUUGUACCUUCUCUCUUGUUGAUAUUAUUAUGAUGGAUGAACUUUGAAAUUGACUACAACACAGCGAGAGUUCUUCAUUGCUGCCAUCACAGUGUUGAACUCGUGAGAAGCCUUUACACAAGAGAGAACAAAAGAAGAGACAGCUAUUAAUAAACCUUUUUACAAUU